AUGCUGAAAAGGACACUUGAUGAAAAUACGGGGGCGUGUAACCAUCCCCCCCAGAAGGCGAGGUCAAAAUCUGUUUCCAUUUUUUCGUUUUUUAAAAAAAAAAAGAAAGAAAAAAGGAAUUCCAAUGACAGCGUUAUUUCCACAAGCAACGACUCUUUUGAACUCGCCCCCGGUGAGAGUAACACAAAGGAACGGAACGGUAAGGGCGGAAGGGAAAGACAAAAUAUAUUGGACGAAGAAUCAGCAACAGAAAGUAGAAAGGCAAAAUGCAAAGACAACGCCGCAAAUACAGCACGUAGCCAAUACACACAAAAUUACAACGAAUGUCAAAUGAUGAAGAAUUCUCAUUUAAAAAAAAAAAGAGAAAGCUUUUUCCAAAAAAUUAAUAUAUUGCAAAAAUUUAAAAAUUACAAAAAAAAAAAUGCCACCAGUACAUUUCACGCUGGUCAUAACACAAGCUCUGCAUCAGCUAAAGAUGAAGACAGGGAGGAAGAAACGAGCAACUUCAACAAAAAGGGAAGUAGCGGCUAUGUGGACUACACAAAAAUGUACACUAAUUUGAAGCAGAACAAAAGUUAUAACAUAAAGGAUGAAAUAAGCAGCUUGAAGCACAAGGCUCAAAUACUGCGAAAUAGCAUUUAUUUUAAUGGGAAAAAAAAAGCAGAUAAAGGAAAGCUAAUCCAUAAAAAGGUUAACUGCAGUAGUGAAAUUAUUCAUUAUGCAGACGAGAGAGAGUCUUCUUCCUGUGAUGCAAACUCCCUAUUAACAAAUUUUAAAAUGAAAAGCAACAAAUUGAAAAUUGAUGAAGACGACUCAGUGGAUCAAAUGGGCAAGUCGGGUAGGGCACAACAGGUGGAAAGAAAGUACGUCUUCGAUAGGAGCUCGGACGUAGAAGUAUGGGACGAGGGUGUUGUAAGUGAUGGGCUGAGAAGUGUCCGAGGGAACAUCCACGAGCAACAGGGACUCAACUCCAACAGGAAUGUGAUAGAUUUUAACGAAUACGCGUACGAGGAAAAGGGGCAAGAUGAGGCCUAUUUGGCUGAAUCCAACAGGGCGGAAAGUGUAACUAGUGAGGGGAAAAAUGCACGAAACGUUGGUGCAGGAGGUCAACAGGACGAACGCGACGGACGCAGUGGUGGCCAAAAGCGUGACCCCCAUAUGGAUCGCAGCUUAUUCCACACCCAGGGGGAGCCAAAAAGAACAGGUGACUUCUCCUUCUCAAGAGCUAACAUGGAACUGGUGCGAAACGUACAGUCAAACAUAAACGAUAACCUGAGGACGAUAAAUAAUUACAUGCAGUAUAGUAACAAUAGGGGGGGUGCCAAUUUAAAGGCCUAUACCAGAACGGAGGCAACAACUACCCAAGAGGGGGGAAAAUUAAUAAGCAAAGAAAUAAUAACUACCACUCAGUAUGAUAAAAACACGACGAAUGAAGACAUACACAAGGGGUGCUCUAUAUCGAAUGUGCACAACUCUGAUCAACUCUCACAAGGGAAGAACACAUUAGAACGUAUUCCCAGCAAUAUGGAAGAAAAUCUGGAACAGAAGGAAAUCAUAAUAAAGCUAAUGUAUAACAAUAAUGGAAUUUUUUUUGACCAAGAUGAGAAUGGGACAGGGGGGGUUCCUUCAAGACGUGCCAACACGGCUAAGGUGUCGUCAUACGAUGAAGUCAAUUCUCGUGCGUAUGAAAGCAAAUCUGUAAAUGUAAGCAGAAGUGGAAGAACAAAUUUGCACCCCAUUCGCCAGCAAAUCAUAUGUGAGAACGUUACGAAUCAGCAGACUUGUAACAAUGAAUUUGUUAACGAUGCACAUAAAAAGUUUAGCAGUCCAAAGGCUAUCGAAGGAGGAAAAAAAGACAAUAUAAUCAAUAAGUACCUUAUCGACCCGUUAUAUAAUUUAUUUGUUCAGCCCAAAGAAGAAACAGAUGAACCAAACCUUCGGAACAAUAACAUUAGUUUUCUGCCCCCCCAGGGGGGGAGAAACUACACUAGCGAAUUGCAAAAAACGUACAGAGCGUUGUAUGAUAUAUAUGACGGCUUAUAUGCAUGCGGUAUGCAAUACAAAGCUCAUCCAAACACAGAUGGAAGCAUGAACAUGGUGCACCGCUCGUUCACUCGAAAUGUGGACAGCAACACAGGAGUGAGCUCCUCCAUGCAAAGUAGGCACAUUCCCAUGAAUAACCAAAUGGAUGGCAGCGGAAUAUAUAUGUGUCCUCUAAAUAGAAGCAAGUCCAUGAAUAAACAAAAUGCGUCACCCUUUGAACAUAUUCAAAAUGAAGCCUCUAAUUUGAGCGUCAAGGAUACCCACCAUGGUUAUCUAAAUAAGGCUAAUUUGUAUAACACACAUUUUAAUACGUUUCAUUUGAAGGAGAACAGAAGGGAACCCACUUUCAGGGGAAGAGGCAAUGGCAACUUCCUCAGCAUGAGUGCUAUUGCAAAUUGUUAUAAUGGGCCCAUUAAAAAUAUGUGCACCUUUCUGGAUCAAAAUAUUGUGAGGGGAAGUUACUACCCCCGCCACGAAUGCCUGGCUAGUAAAUUUACUGGAAGAAGCUACACCUUUUGUAAAGAGAACCAAGGGUAUAGCGUCUCCCCAGUCGGGGGGCAGCAAAGUGGCAUCAUGAAAAAGUCGAGUACAUUUCAUGGGUAUCAAAAUGGCGUGCACAAGGAUGGACAACCACGUGGAUACGCAGGAGCCCCCCCUGAGAUAACUCCUAUGAUGACCCCUGUGGCAACAGGCGCGCAAAUCCCCGUAGCAACCCCCCAGAUGCACACAUUGCACAACUGCAACACGUACUGUCCCGAGGUCGACGGAAAAUCACACCAGCGGGUGAACCAAAUGUGCGGCACAAAUAAUGCCGCAAAUAGCUUAGCAAAAAAUGGAAACCUCAUUACGUACCCCCAAGGGAACCCAACUAAUGUAGAAGGUUUCUUUUCAAGUAAAGGGGUUGCCAAUAACUGGAGUGAAAUCGGCACAAAUAUGGGACAGGCCAAACAGGUUAGCAGGAGUGGCCCCUAUGCACAGAAUAGCAAACAGGUGUCAAACAAAAAUAUGAGAAAUUGUACCCCUUUUCAUUGUAUGCCAUAUGGAGAGGGGAGACCAAAUGACAGCAGAAACGGCUACAUGAGUAGCAACUUCUACACCCCGAUGGAGAGAUUAAAAAAUGAAAAAUUGCGAAGACUACAGAGCUAUUCAUCCAAAUCGAAGGCUUCUGUGUGCCUCUCAAAAAGCCAAGGGCAUGGGGCCAUACAUGCAAACAUGCUAAAUGAGGACAACAACGGUGGGGUGAUCAAACGGGCAAAGAGUUUAAACACAGCGCGGUCUUCUUCUGCCCACCUGGACGUGUUGGACAUAUAUGAAGAGUGCUACGUACAAAAUGGGGAAGCAAAUGGAUUUGUAAAUGGAAACAAAAAUGACAACAACCUGGGAGGAGGCCAUAAAUAUAUACACAGCCACAGAGUAGACGAUGCACAUCUGCGUGACGCCAGUAGCAGUGGUAGCAGCUGCUCCUCCGAUAAAAAAAAUUUAGCGCACGAUGGGAUAGAACCCCCCUUAAUUGAUCGCUAUAGGAGUAUUAAUGUUGGUGGUAGUGCACCCCGGGGUAGCUGCCAAUUAAGGGAGAACAAGCAAACUUUUUUUAGAAGCAGCUCAUCGAAUGACACCAUUCAUGAGAAUUACCCAAUUGAGGGCCCCAUGUUUGAGGGACAGGAGAGGGUGGACCACCCCUCACUUAUCCAUUCAAGUAACGAUGAUGAUAUUGAGCUUUAUGCUGUUAGUCUGGAGCAGGACGGGGACAACAGUGUGUUUGAGGUGGAGCAUGAAAAUGGUGAAGCUGUUACUUUGGAUAAGGACCCCUAUGUGAAUAUCACAAAUGAGGAGGCUCCCGAAAGGAAAGACAAAAGCGUGCAUCAGAGUAGCACUGAAAAGGUUGUUAGUUGUGAUGGGAACGGGGACACUCCAUCGGUUUAUUUAACCUAUGAGGGGGAAGAACCCUUAUGGACUAACCAAAACCCUAAUGUGGAAAACAAUUCCUUUGAGGAUGAAUACAACUGCGAGAAUGGUUCUAACAGUUCGGAUUUGAUAGCGGAGAAGAGGCCAGAAAAGGUUAACCACCAUCCUGUAUGCUCCGUCAUGCGGCACAAUUUUAGGAGGGAAGAUGGAAGGAGAAGUCGAGAGUGUUUACCUUCCCCAGUGGAUGAUUAUCUCCACAGUUCUGUGAACUAUAGGCAGGAGAAGAAAUUACUUAACGGUAACGUGAAGGAUACGAAAUGGACACACUCCAGUGAUGAUAAAAAAAAUGACAGUACUUCGUAUGCCCGUACAAAAUGUGAUGAGGAAACUAAAACGGAAGAAGCACCAAAUAAAGAAAAUUACAAUUCCAAGGGGAAGGAUAGCAAGUUGAAAAAAAUAACAAAUAAGAAAAUUUUGCGAAAUGGAAAGGUGAACCCUAAUUCGAGUAAGAGUAAAAUAUUGCCAAGGGUUAAGAGCACAUGUGAAGAAAUGAAGAAAAAGAAAGGAGUCGUGAAAAAGGUCAGCAGUGCGAUAGCUACAAAUUUGAAAAGGAAAAAAAAAGAUCCCCGAAGUGAAGCGAUAAAUGAAAGUACAAUAAUCAGACCAGUUACCGCAAAGGGGAGGGCAUCACCAAGUGUCUCCCCCUCAAAAAGGAACAAAAUUAAACCCACUUCUAAAAGCACAAACAGUCGCCACGGAAGUGAAACUGCAAAACAUUUUAACAUAGUAAACACUGUGGAAGAAUCUGUACAGGUUAAUUACAACGUCGGAGAAAAUAAAAUUAACUACAAAAAGGAAAGCAUCGUAAGUUCCAGCAACGCGGUAUGCAUUGUGAACAAAUUAGAAGAUGAAACGAUGCAAAUGAGAACAAGGAAAAGAGUUGGACAAAUCAAAAAUAAGAAUAAAGAUUCCAGAGGGGGUGAAGCUUACUCCAGUACAUCCAUUCAACGGGAAGACUGUAACAUUGUGGGGUCUUUUUCGAGCAGUUCCGUUCCACUGUGGCCAGAUUGCAACUUGGUGGGCUCCUUUUCCACCAUGUCCAUCAGAAGGGAAAACUGUAGUAUUGAAAAGCGUUACGCAUACCUGGGUGAAUCCCCCUCCGAUGGAAAUGGAGCCUCGCGGGUUGGGAGCUUCUCCAGAAGGUCACUAAGCGCAAGGGACAGUGUAGAGAAGAUGAAAAAAAUUACAAAAAAUGGAAAUUUUUCGGAGAAGCAAGAAAAAAGGGUCACUGCAUUUUCGUCCACCCGCGUGCAGCUUAAAAAAAACAAAAAUGCAGAAAAAAAAAAAAAAAAAAAACACGUGUGCGAAACGGAGAAUUAA